UAUUUUUAAUGACUAGCAUGUCUUUUCUUGACAGAUACCAGGUUAUGUUCAUUUCCUACCUAUCGUUGCUUCAGCUACUGCAAACAUUACUUGCAUUUCCACAUUACCAAAGAAAACUAAAGGUAUCUAAGGAUGCAAUGAAAGAAGUAUUCACCUCAGCAGAGCAAGCCAGUUCUUUCAUUGGACAGCACCUUCUCAGUAACGUACUUGAGUCUGAAAUAUUUAACACAGAUAAUCUUGAAAGAGAAUGCCAUGAAGAACUUUGCAAUUACGAGGAAGCAAGAGAAAUUUUUGAUGACCCAGAAAAAAUGAAGACUUUUUGGAAUGAAUAUGUCUCUAGAAAUUCUGGCACAAAGCCAGAUGGCCAAGAAUCACACGAGAUUGAUGUUAUACUGCUUCUGACUGGUCUAAUUGCAAUUGGAGUGCUAUUGGUUAUAACUGGCUUACUAGUUUAUUAUCUCUGCAAAAGAAAAUGCCCACAAAGACGACCACCACGACACACAGGUUGCCGGCUGCAUAAUCCUUCUGUCUUUAGACGGCAUGAAGAAUUUUCCUUAUAUGCUCUCUCCCCAUGCCCUGAGCACACAGGACUGCCGACCUACGAACAAGCAGUGGCACUAAGGGGAGAUUAUGAUUCUCCACCUCCAGCCUAUCCAGGUCUUUCAGGAAGAUUUAAAGCAUUCAAGAAGUCUCUCUCACUUCCUGGCCCUUAAUUAAUAAAUAUGACUUCAAAAAGGAUGAGACUGAAACUUGACUGAAAGGAUGUGGCUCUUCAGCAUAACUGAGAGGAAGUUGUGUGUGUCAGGCGAACAAGAAAGCCAUCCUUCUGCAAAAUUCUGAUGCCCGAUUGUGAAAGAAUCCUUUUUCAUACUUCUUUCCUAAGAACUGUUGUGAACUUGGCUUUUAUGCAUUUUGAGCCAACUGAUAAUGCCAUUUUUCUUGUCUAUUAUGAACUGAAAAAUUUAAUAGUAUUUUUUAAAAGCCCUGUGUAUUUUUAACUAGUAACUAUUAAUCAGAAUGAAUAAAUGAUACAAUGUACAUGUAACAAGGCAGUGUUAUUUUCCCUACUUCUUGUAAUAUUUUAGAUGAACUGGUUAAUAUUUCAUGUGUGAUGGUGAACAAAGUUUAUGCUUGUGUAUCUAAUUUAAAAGGUCUCACUACCAAAA